ACAAAACCGCGCUCUGAACGGGGCUUCAGCCUUGGGUCUGUUCCCGCCCUCCGUCGUACACUUCUGCUGCCAUGGCCAUUGCUCUCGACAAAGCAUAUCUCUCCGCCAUUUGGCUUGAAACUCUGUUCUAUGGGAUGAACUUUGUCCUGUUCUGGGCUUGUCUGACAAUGCUUACUAUUCGGCGACGGACGCCCAAAAUCAACAAACUCCUGGUGGGCAUAGCGAUGACCAUGUUCGCUUUCUCUACCUCGCACGUCUCGCUGGGUUUCCAACGCCUCAUCGAAGGCUUCAUCGUGCGCCGUGACUGGCCUGGAGGCCCUGGCGCAUUUUUCUCCGAUGUCUCCAUCCCUGCCAACGUCGUGAAAGUGGGGAUACAUACCGUCAAUUCCGUCAUAGGAGACAGCGUGGUCGUAUGGCGAUGCUGGCUAGUAUGGGGUCGGGACUGGAAGAUGUGUAUCGUCCCGAUCGUGCUCAUCAUCGCGUCAGCCGUGUGCGGCUUUGCACAGACCGUCGAGUUCGCGCGCGCCAAGAACCUGCACAGUGCAUUCGCGCACAGCCUGCAAAUAUGGAAUGGCUCCCUGUUCAGCCUGUCGUUGGCGACGAACGUGACAGUGACCGUCCUCAUCGCCAUGAGGGUUUGGUAUAUGCUUCGCAUGGCCGGCGGCACCGCGUCUUUUAGGUACUGGCGUGUGCUCGUGAUCAUCAUCGAGUCUGGCAUGAUAUACUCGGUCGCUCUCAUCUGCGAGCUUACUCUCUAUUUCCUUGGCUCGAACGCCUUCUACAUCAUUUAUGAUCCCAUCGCCCAGCUGACAGCUAUCACACCUACAAUGAUCAUCAUCCUUGCCGCGCUGCAGCUGACCACCAACGACGUGCACUCGCGGCUCACACGCAGCAAGAGCGCACGCAUCUUCAAGCCGCCCCAAGUGGAUGGCAGCACGACAGCACCGCUUGAGUCGAUGAACUUCGCCGCGAACGAGGCCAUCCUGAGCGGUGAGCCAAAAUCGACGUUCCUCUCCGAAAUCUCCGGUGCACCUGCGGAGCACGGGUCCUUCGCCAGCGCCAAGCCGGCAGGACAGGUGUCUUUUGCGUAGACUCUUGCUGGGUAUACCCUUGUAUUUAUAUACUUGCCACGAGUGUAAAUAUGUUAAUGUGCCGGAAAGUCCUCAUAUAAUGCACAUCAGGGUAUUUAAAGCUAGCGAGAAUAGCUUAGACAAUGCGUUUGUUCCGGAAUCCCUCGAUCUGCGAAGAGUUGUAGCCCAACUCGUACAGCACCUACAAGCACACU